AUGGGCUUGUUGAUCGAGGAACCCUUCGCCACUUCCUUUCGCCGUGUCUGCAUGUUUGAUGCGCCGAUUGACACGGUGCAUGGGCGUUCCUUGAUCUUGCAGACAGCGAUGCCGACGAUUCUCGGAUAUUUUGUGUAUGAUUUGGCACUGGCCUGUCUGGUUUCCGAGACCUCAAUGGAGAGACUGAUCACAAUCCACCAUAUCCUUUGUGUUGUAGUGUGGCCAAUCAGCUAUCAUUACCAAGCUGGUUGCUUCUACCUCCUGUACAUGAUGGCUGCAGAACUAAGCACACCAUUUUUGUGGUUGGUGGUGUAUUUCUUGCCGCGGUAUAAAGUCACUGGGCCAUUCUACAUCUUCAUGGGCCUUGUGAUGGUGCUCGUGUUUUUUGUCAUUCGCGUCCUUCCCGGACCAGCCCUGUUGAAUUCACUCAUCUCGUCUCAAAGUUACUGGAAAGACGUGAACACGCCGGUUUACGCACUGGCCAUGGUGACUUUGCCACUACCAAGUCUCUUGUUCACUUACUGGUUUGUCCGAAUUCUGCAAGGCAUGGUUGGGGCCCUUGCUGGCCCUGACAAGAAAGAAGUUUGA